AUGAGCCCCGGAAACAGCCAGAAUGGCAGUUUGAACACGGACGAGAUAUGCGAAGGAGGUCGAGAUCGACUUCAGAAGCUAGGAAGAGAGAUCAAUUCUAAUCCUAGAGAUCACCUAGAACUUACCAUCGGUCUAGGACCAAAAACAAACCUUGGGCCCAGCUACCCAAACCGGCUAAACUUUCGAAUUACUCCUAAGGACAUCGAAUACUUAGCAAAACGCCAGUCGAAUCCGACUGAAGAUCUGAAAGGUGAUCAGCUCGACUCCGAGCUGUCCUCGAAGAUUAAGCCCAAGUGCUGA